GUUCUACAAGUUUCCACCUUCUCUGAGCCAAUAUAAAUUGGCGACCAGGCUGACAGACUCUAGAGAGGCUGCAAAAUGAGGUGGACCAUAGCUUGUGACACACGUCUCCUUCUUGUGGUUUGCCUGAUGGCCACAGACACACUCGCAGGGUACGGAUGCUGUCGCAGAUACACGACGCAAAAGAUACCUUUCCCUGAAAUCAGAGGCUUCUCGGUCCAGACCAUGAAGGAGUUUUGUUCCAUCAAUGCCAUCAUAUUCCACACGAAGAAGAAAGGGAAACGGUGCACAGACCCCACUCAGGACUGGGUGAUGGACUAUGUUGAAAGGCUGGGACCAGAAGCAUUAAUUGUUCACCACAGCAGAAGAGAGGACGUUCUCCAGAUAAUAAAAGGAUGGAUGGAAGCCUUGAAGAAUGCUGCUGUAUAAAAUGUACUUUACUUUCCUUUAUCAUAUUUUUGUACCGUUUCUCUGCAAUAAA